AUGUCGUUUAUGUUUUUAGCUUUUUUACAACAUGAUCAAAUAAAAGAAGAAUUUAUUAAGCAAGAUGGUUUAUCGUUUAUUAUAAAACAUUUAUAUCAACGUGAUCAAUAUGAUCGUCCGCAUUCUACACCAAAUCAAUCAGAUGCAUUAGAAUUAAUAUGUAUAUUAGCAUUUGAUGAGCAAGUGGCGCAAAUUCUUAAACAAAAUCAAUUAUUUAUGACAACUGUAAAAUCAAUUUUAACAAUGGAAAAUGAUAAAUAUGCAUGUGAUGAAAAACAAGAACAAAAAGAUGUUGAACGUAUAAAAAAAGCCGCAAACGGUGUUCUAUGGGUAUUAGAAAAUGAAGAGAAAACAUUGAAAAAUAAUAAUAAUGAGCAACGAAAUAAAGAAGUAUAUGAUUUAAUGAUUAGUUAUUCAUGGAAUGAUAUGGAUUUAGCACAUAAAAUUUCUGAUUAUUUAGCAGCAAAUAAACAUUAUAAUGUUUGGAUAGAUCGGGAUAAAAUGCAUGGUUCAAUAAUUGAUUCUAUGGCAUCAGCUGUAGAAAAUUCCAAUACUGUAUUAAUGUGUAUGUCUGAAACAUAUAAACGUAGUGAAAAUUGUAAAGCAGAAGCUGAAUAUGCACGUAAACGUAAAAGAUCUAUUAUACCAUUAAUGAUGAGAGAAAAAUAUGAUCCAGAUGGAUGGUUAGGUUUUAUAUGUGGACAAAAAUUAUAUAUUGAUUUUACACAAUAUGAAUUUGAAACAGCUAUGAAUAAAUUAACAGCAGAAAUAGAAAAAAAUCGUCAAAAUAAUCAACAACAACAACAAUUAUUUUCAUCAACAACGCCAAAACCAAUUCAAAAUGAAACAAAACCAAAAACAACACCAUCAAUGAUGAGUAUACAGGAAGAAACAAAAUUGACAACACAACAGUAUGUAUAG